AUUUGUACCCGGGCUGCAGUAUCUGUAACUUAAUUACCAAGAAAAAUCAAGACUGAUGUAACACAAAGAAAGGAGAGGGGGGGACCCCACAAGUCUAUUUUCACAGCUAUCUACAGAGUAAUAUUUAAACUGUUAUUCUUCAACGAUAUGACCUCCAAAUAUUGUAAUUGGAAUUUCUGAAUUAUGAAUUUGGAUUACUUUAUGACAUAAAUACAAGUGUGGUGUGGAUUGGGAUUCAGACCGAAGUCUACUUUUCAAAACUAAUAUUUUGACUUGAACUAGCCUUAAGUCUCCGGUAGUUUUUUGUACACAAUCUCUUGUUAACUCUUGAUCACUCUUUACUCAGAUCAAAUCAGUUUUUCAGUUUAAAAGAAAAACUUCCAAUUUAAAUCAUGGACAGAAAAUGUAGUCUUGAUGAUUAGCGUUGGGGAUAUUUAAUCUUUUUACAACUGAUAGCCACCCAUUUCAUUCUUUAUCUCGGGUUCUCAUCACUGGGACUCUAAGUAACCAAUUCACAAGUUCGUUUUCUCCUAUAAUGAAGUCCCUAAAUCAUACAGACAAAAAAAAAAUAGUGGCCCUUAUCUGGUCCAAAUAGGGAAUGCAUUGUGCAGUGAUAGGUUUUGGAAUUCAAUAUGGCAGGUAUUAAAGAAGUUAGAUAAUGAAGCAGGCAGCCUUUUUUUAAAUUCCUUAUUCCUAAUACAAUACAGCAUAUUGGUUAAUAUACAGUUAUAUAACACUCAGACGGUUAUAUAAUACAUCAUGUAUAUUAAGAGGUAGGUUAGCUUUUCUGUAUGUUAACACCCCCACUCCACCCCACAGUUGUAUUUUAUCUCAACAUGGCAUUGCACUCCACCCCACCCUUUCUGGAGCUUGGGUGUACGGUCACCAAAGAACAAAGUUUUAAUAUACAAGAUCCCCACAGGCCCCAGUAAACAUACACCAUUCUCAGUACAGAAGACUUUAAUCAAAACAUGUCUAUUUAUAAGAUGUCAAAAAUGUAAUCUCCUCCUUCGAAAUUUUGCAAAAUACUCGUUUUUUCUUUUUCUUUUUGUUGUUGUUGUUGUUGCUGCAGUGUGGUGUAUAUACAUGUGCUACUAAGGAAUAUACACUAUAUGUUGAAAAAUCGUAAAGUGCAUGGGUGUAUUUAAUGUGAUUUAAUCUUCUUUGAUCUAGCUUAUAGGAUGCAAUAAGCAAUUUUGUCUCCUUUUGGUUUUAUAGCAAACAAAAUAAAUCACUUUUUUGAAGUUGAGGUAUUCAUUGAUGUGUUAGAGACAGGCUAAAUUACAUUUCUCUACGGAACACAGGGAGAAUUAAACACAUAAAUUUAUAGAAAAGCGAUCCUAAGUGGAGAACACUAUUUUAUGGACAAAAAAAUAUCAUAAAAUAGAUAUUGCACCAGGAUACCUAUUUAAAUAAUUUCUGUAAUAAUUUACCUUAUCUUGACAAUUUGGAAUUGAGGAUGUCUGGAGGAAAUUUGUGAAACUGGUUGUGCAGGUGUAUUUGUGUAUUGACUUGCUCUCUAGAAAUGUGAAACAUGGGAUGCAUUUUGAUUCUUAAUGAGGAUGGGAAGACUUGUUAAAAACAUCUGUGACACAGAUAUAUUAAUUGUUGCUUGUAUACAUAUAUAGAUAGAUAACUAGGUGAAAAUAAUGAACUUGCAGUCAAGCUUAACGAGAAAUGGGCGAAUUAGGAAUAAUGUAUACGUCUCGACAUUUAAGACCAACACAGAGAAGUCAUGCUGAAAACGACUUCCAUUCAGUUUCUAGUGUAUUCAUCCAGUGGAUGAUUGCCUAAGAAUACAGUAUUGGAUGAGUGUAACCUCUGGCUCUGAGCUAGAAAGACUGGAAAAAGGGAGGGAUUUCUGAAUUAUAUCUGAUACAAGGAUUGCUGGUGUUGAUCGCUGGAUAAACCGUGGAGAAUAAUUGGGUCUAUACCUACGAGAUGUGAUAUUAUACUGGCACUGAGUAAGGAAUUAGCAUACAGGACCUAAUAAAGGUGCAACCAGGCACAGAUAUUUGUAAAACAUUCGACUCAUCCAUCACAAAUCUUCUCUUUUUUUAUGAAUUAUUGUGUGGUUUUGUAUGUGAAGAGGGACCUUACCUUCAGCCAUGUUGUUUUAAAAAAAAAAAAUAAAGAAGGAUCUCUUUGUAACUUUGACUGUAUGUUGUGGGAGUUCAAAAUCUUCGCUCGGAAUUUCAGAAAAAGCAUGUUGACUCUGAUUCUCUAUUCCUAAUAGUGGGAGGAUUGUAAAGGAAAGUGUUUUCUCAAUAACUUUUCCACCUGAUAAAGCCAAUUAAUGAUUUUGAAUACAGAGGGAUUACGGAACCGCUUUGACAGGGACAAUUCAAAUGACCCGAACACUGGGCAAUAGGCCAUUCCAAAGGAAAGCUUAUCAGGUGAGAAUUUCAACAGCCCCAACAAACGGCAAUCUCCCUUUUCGAAAUUACCAGUGACCAAGAGACCCCUUCGAUCUUUGGACUUUAUGACUUAGAAUUGGAGAUCUUUGACACAGGCUACCAGAAAAUUGAUUCAAAAUAGUGGAUCGGACAGAUAAACAGAAUUUAAAGUCCAGAGUGCCAGAAGAUUGUAUGGUGGAAUUUUGGGAGAGUGCAUUAAACAAACAUUUUCAUGUGACUGGAUGACCGAAUCACGCGUGCAGACAAUAAUGGGAAGGUCUUUUUAGGGGUUUGGCCAUUCGAGUGAAAAUGUCGUUAACUAGAGGAGAUAUUUAUGUAUGUUUUCUGUAAGGCUUCAUCAACAACCCAUAAAGGGACAGUGCUUUUAUUGUCACCGAGUCUACGGACAGUUGGCCACAAAGAAACUGAUGUCUAUUUAGCAUAAAUGAGCAUUUACAUUUUUGGGUAGAACUGUUUUCAAUUUCUGAAGAGCACAAAGUUUGUGUGCAAGAUUGAAUUCGGCAACCUGCUGGAACUGUCACGUUCACGAACACCAGCAUAUGAAUAGACCAGUUGCUGCUGGUUAAGCUUAUAUUACUGAAUCGGAGGAAAGGUAUUUUAUCACUCACGCAUCUUUCAGGACAAAAAUAUUAUUGACUGUUCACUGGGCUAUUAUAAUUUGCAUAAAAACGUAAAGUAUGUAUUGUGUAAUGUAACACGGAGUAUCCAUGCUAUCGGGGGAAGUCUCUUAAGUGUUUGCUGAAGCGCAGGAGGAAAUAAUAUAUCCACAACACAAGAGAUGUUUAAAGGACUCCUUGCCUCAUCUUCAUAAAACCAACCAUUCUUAAACGAGUCUGUGAGGAAUUGUAGGAGAAGAUUUAAUGUGUUUGCUGAGGGAACACAUCUGACUGGAUUUUAUCUCGGGUCAUCCGAAGUCCUCCAAAGGCCGACUGUAGAAACUCAGUCCAAAGUAACAGUGAAAAGACAAUCAUUUUCUUUAACCCUAAGUAAGUGAUAAAACAUAGAUAACAGAUUUGUUGUCCAUUGUUUGCUGGGGGAAUAGAAGACGAUCAGAGUCCUGCUAUUGUUCUGAAAGAGACUUAUCCUGGGUUUGAUAUCAAAGAAAACAGUACUUUAAAUCUACACACAGUGAAUACAAGGUUGGUUUUUUUUUUUUAAAAGCAGGCUGCUUGACCACCUGAUGGUUAGAGAGAAAAGAAAAAACAUAAAGAGCCCGAGGCAGUAGUGAAAUGGAACAAUAGAAUUGUUUUUGUGGACAAAUAAGUCUUGGUAAGGAAAUAAUUAGCCUGGCCUGACAAAGUGAACUGUCUUUGGUAUCAGCUCAGGGUACCUACCUGUGUUAUAUACUCAGCAGAGAGAAGUUAACUGUGUGUUCUUGUUUUGUUUGUUUAUAAUCUAAACUUGGAGAGAUAAUAAGGGCCUCCUAGAUCCCUUGUUUUCCAUGUUUAUCGAGUUGGAUAUAUGUUUUAAAAUUUUGUCACGGUGUGUUUGUAUUGUGAGGAUUAGUGCACUGAUUUUUGUUUAGGGGGGACACUUUUGACAACUGUGUGUCAUAUUACCCAUGGAAUUUCAAGUGGAUUUCAGAUAGCACCAUUUGUGAUAUGACAGCAAGGCUGAUAUUGUGAUGUACACGUGUUUGGAUGAUGGCAUCAGAAGGGACUUGUGAAGCCCCUCUUAUGAACACCAUGCUGCGGGCUGGUGGAAUGAAAAAGUUUAUAUCCACGGGGGCCCUUCAGUCUACAGACUUGGAGAGCCCCACCCUCUCGCUCCGCAGCGACCCCCCUAACAAAUCUGAUUUUCACCUGAGUUUUGACAGUGAUUCGACGUCUAUAUCAUCCUCGACUGAUUUCUUGGAUAGUAUACACAAGAUAUUUGCCUUGGACACACAGAGUCUGAAUGAUGUGUCCCCUUGUUCUGACUCACCCCGUAGGCUGAACUUUGGAAAGAAGAGAAUGGCUCCGCAGCCUCCGGUAAGACAGAGACAGUCCUCAGAGCCAGGCGAUGGAGAGGACCACGAAAUAGUCAGGUGCUUGUCCAAGUCUAGGUCAGAGGAAAGACUGGACUCCAUUUCCCUUGAUAAAAAAUUACGAUCCAAGUCUUCAUGUCCAGACCCUGUCCCUGCCCAGCGGCCAAACUCAGUAGGACCAAGAUUUAGCUCCAAAAAGAUCAAACUCAAAGCAGCCUUUCGCAUCGCAACGCUGCAGUCUCCAAAUUCAAAGAGAAAGUCUUCGACUAAGAAGAAGUCGAAGCGUAAUGAUGAAAGCUCUGACACCAGGACUGGCCGAGCCAAAAAGAGCAUGGCCAUGGAGCAGAUGGACUAUAGUGUAUAUAUGUAUGGAUUUGGUCUUGUUCCAGAGGAGCUGCUGGGUCAGGAUACAGAAUUUGAGGUUCAGAGAAUCCCAGACUACGAGAAAUAUCUGAAUGACCUUCUAGAAGACACAGAUCCUCAACAUCCUGACUAUGAGGAUCUCAGCAGGGCAGCCAACAGGGCCAAAUCUAUGGUGAGAGAACAUGAGGAUGAAUUGGGAACCAACAACGACCAAAUCAAAAUGGAUCGAAUUCAGCAGCGUUUCCCUAACGACGACCUUCAGCUCAGGGACAACACACCACCAACUUCACGCAGUUUGUCGGCCAGAAGAAAGUCGGCUCCUGGUGCGGUUCUGUUCAAGACUCUGGGCAAGAAUCGAAGCUCCUCCAACCUGUGGUCAAGUAAUUCCAUGGGUAAGAAGGAGAUGGAUCUGGUGAACCCCUUAAGACAUGGGGGAAAUUCUCACAGGCAGUUCAUCCUGGAGGGACAUGUAGAGUUUGCUCAGGGAAUGCAAACUCAGGAUAGAUACUUGUUUCUGUUCAACGAUUUGCUGCUAGUAGCCAAGCAAAAAUCCAGUACAACGUUUAAGUUGAAGCACCGGAUUCGUGUUUGUGAGAUGUGGUUAGCGACGUGUAUUUAUGAUGUUUCCGAGGCAACUCUUCCCCCAGAUAAAUCUUUCGUCCUUGGAUGGCCCGUUACCAAUGUUGUGGCGACCUUCAAAUCUAUAGAACUGAAGGAACUCUGGCUCAACAAGCUCAAUGAAACCAUUGAGAUGGAAAGAAUGAAAGAAGCCAAUAAGUCUGUGAAAAUGAAAGUGCACAGUAGGGACCUGGAUCAGACCUGUACCCUACAGAUUGAUCACCACACCACGGCUAAGGACCUUUUAGUGCAAUGCAUCGGCAAAUUUCACAUAACGGAGUCGGAAGCUAGUGAAUGUCAACUAUGGGUGAAAACUGGAAAGGAGGAGAGCCCCUACCCACUGAUCGGACAUGAAUUGCCACACAGUAUAAAGUUUAGUCAGUUACGGGACCUCGCGAAAACAGACGACCCCAUGGUGUCGCUCGAUGGGAUGGAGCCAGAUGGGGAGGGAAAGACUACAGAGUUCAUCCUCCAAAACCGGCUCAAAGGUUCCAAGAAACACAGCUUCGACGAAAGCAACAAAGGGAAUAAAUCUAAAAACAAAAAGUCUCCCUUUAACUUCUUCAAGAGAGGAAAGGAUGACAAGAACAACAACACGACCCCGCCCGGGAAGCUCUUCGGACAUCCUCUACAAGAUGUCAUGCAAGAUGGGCAACUGCCAAAACCAGUCAUGGAGUUGAUGAAGUUGGUGAUCAUUAAUGGUCCUUACACCAAAGGUGUGUUCCGAAAGUCCUGUAACAUCAAGUUAGCCAAAGAACUUCAUCAGAGGCUGGACGAGGGGGCAGAUUGUCUGAGUGAGGAAACUCCCACUCUCGUCAUAGGGCACCUGCUCAAGGAAUACCUCAGGAGUUUACCUCAUUGUCUUCUGUAUGAGGAGUUUUAUGAGGAAUGGAUCAGCCUUAGUGAAGAGGAAAACACCUCACAGAAGCUGGAAAAAGUCCGAGGACUUUUGAACAAGCUUCCAGAGGGCCACAGGGAGCUCCUUAAGUACAUGCUCUGUGUUCUCUAUCACAUCGACAAGAACCACAAGGAAAAUAUGAUGACAUCUUACAACCUCUCGGUCUGCAUCGCUCCCAGCAUCCUCUGGGCCAAACAGGGUGACGACCCCAUGAGGGCCCUCGCCAUGGCCAAGUCCCCACAGCAGAUCGUGGAGUACCUAAUUGUAAACUGUAUAGAGUUGUUUGGAGAAGAUGUAAUUUAUCUCUUUGGGGACUUGUUGGAGCACAAGAUUCGACAGGAUUCCAGCACGGAUUCUGACAGCAUGCACAGUGUGCUUAGCAUGCCAGACUCAGCAAGUGGCAGUAUCGUGCGACACGAUGACUCCUCAGUGGAUAGUUUAGAAAGGAUGUACUUUGACGACUCCAGUCCGAACCUCGCCAAGAGCCACAUUUCUCCUUCUAGUCUAAGUCGUGAUUCCGGACUCUACAGUUCACAGGAAAAUCUGGACAAUGCGGCCAAAAGUCGCGUCAACACCACACUUGUCAAAUCAAGGAGUGGAUGUCACUUGUACUUCGAGGAUGAACCUGUGUCGUAUCCUUCUGACAUUUCUGGUCCCAUGACGAGAUUAUCUCGAGAACGAGAGAGCAGACUUCAGAGACAGAAAUCUGUGGCAGAAAGCACCCCACCCACCUCACCUCAGUCUAAAUUUUCCUACAGUUCAUUGGACAGUUCCCUGACUGAUUCCAUGAGUUCAUAUCUGAACCGACAAUACAGCAAAGACACAGACAAUAGUGAUCAAUGGUUCACAGCAGACGAGAGCUUUCGGGAAUCUUUUGAUUCCGUUCGCGGGUGUAAAGACGAUUCUUCAAUCAAUUUCCAAAGAUCAAACAGUCUGAACUCGUCAAUUCCGAAAUCUAUUCAAAACGUUCAGUACCUGGUUUCUCCCCCGGUUUCACCUCGCAGUAAGAGGAAAUCGACAAGUAUGGAUUUACAUUUGAACUUGUCCCAAGCAAAAUCAUUUCCAUUGCCGCGUACUUGUUACUCGCAGGAUAAACUUUCUGAUCCGACAGCGUCCCGUUAUGGACAGAGUGCUAUGGAUUUGUCACAUUCAAGCAGUCCAUUAAAACAGCUUUCUAGAUACUCUACCCCGGGGCUAGGGACCUCACCACCCCCACACAUUGUGCUUCAGCAGCAUAAAUCUGUGCAAAAACCACCAACGAACACACCCAUGCGUGCAAGUUAUGACAGUGCUAUUAUUUCUCAAUUUGAGAAAGACACCUUUAAAACCGAGUCGCAUGUAACUAAGCAUGUGCCGACACCAAAGAGUGAUAGUGACAGUGAUGUAACUUUAACAAACAGUACUGAUAGUCCCACUGUGUUGAGGCCUGAAAAGCCACCCUCAUAUGACGAGGCUGUUCGAAGGAAAAAUAGGAUUGAGAAAGGACUUCCUCUGGAAAUUUCUGAGCAGGAAAUUCAAAGGGAGAAAGAGAGACAGAAACGUGCCAAGAAUUUGUACGAGGAGUCAAUUCGUAAACUGGCGCAGGAGUCUACGUACAGGAGAUCAUCAGUGGAAGAGUCGACAACAUCCGAAAGUGAAAGUGAAAGUACGGAGGAAGAUGUAUAUGUUUCUUUGAAAAAUCCGAAAAAGAUUUACGAGGAAUCUAUGAAAUUGUUUGAGGAGCAAUCUCAGACACCUCCUACGCAUUACGAGAACAAAAACAUUUCAAAUGUGAGUGCAAAUAUACAAAGAAGCUCAAGUGACUCUGCUGAGUAUCUGAACAAAGUAAGUGUGGUGUCUCGACACCGAGAGCCCUCGCCAAACUUUAGGGGCACUCAACCUCAUAGAGACUCCUCCCCUUCUGCUACAAGGUUGAGUCACUCCUCAUCUAGUGUGUCAAAUAGUUCAUCAGAGACAGUCACCGAGUCCAGACAAAACUCACCAAAUCAACGAGACCGUUCCGAGUCGAGCCCAGUCAUACCCCGCCAUCAUUUUCCAAAGACAAACCCUUUAACAUUCAAAGCCAAUUAUGGUUCAUUAGAUAGUGCUCAAUCUUCAUCUGCCAUUCAUAAAGAACAAACUGUGAACAAAUCUACUACUGUUAGAGAGAGUAGUGCUAAUAAAUCUCUGCAGAAAGAAAGUGUUAAACCAAUUCCCAAACCUGAGUUAAGUGUUCAUAUUCCAACUUCACAUAGUACUCAAAUUCGAGAGAAGCGUGUGGUUAAAUCACAGGAUUUUGUAGACAGUAAAGUGUCCAGUUCUCCAAGGACUGUGUCCCAGGAGUCGCCCAGAAAGAACUUGACAGUGUUGUCCAAAUCACGGGACUCCACAGUCAUCGCCAACCACCGAGAUCUGUACGCCCGGUCGAGUGCCACCCAGAGUCGUCUGUCUGCCAGUCUGGAGUUAGGAAGUAGAAGCAGUGAACAAUCACAGAGAAAGCAAGAUCUUCCUUGGAGUGUGAAAUCUUUGAAGCAAAUCUAUGACAAAGAUGGAAAUAAGCCCUCUGGUGACAAUGUCAAGGACACCGGUGCUCGCCCCCCACCCCCUCCCUACCAACCUCCCCCACCUUUUCGCCGACCAGACUCCUCAAGAUCGAGUCUGCCCAGUCAGAUUAGUGUAGGGAGCAGGGUCACAGGGAGGAGCACACCACCUACCAAAGGCCUACCCACCCACCGAAGGUCAGGGGGGCCCCAUUCCUUCAGUUACCGAAAAGAGGAGGAUCCUGAUAUCUCCUAUGUGUAACUGUCACAAAAUUCAAUCAAAAAUUCAGUGUCACAUGUUUCACUGCCAUGCAGUUUAUAUGUUUACAAAUGAUUGUCAAAACAGGCAGCUAGUGACAGGCGUCUUACAGGGAGAUCCUUCAAGUGCUUUGUUAUCAAUUUUAAGUCUGGCAGAAUUGUACUUUUUUUCUGUGAUGUUUGAGGUCAAAACUGGAUUUUUUCUUUAAAAAAAGUGACUGAGGUUAUGAAUUCAGGGAAUUAUGUGACUUGAGGCAAUACUUGUUGAUGUGACAUACUUUUCAGAUACUGUUUUUCUAAUGUUUACAAAUUUUGUCAUGUACUAAUGAUAUUAAGUUUUUGACAUAAAGAACUAUCUGUUUUUUGAAUGAAAUACUCUGAGAAAGAAAUUUGUAAAUAGUUGUCACUUAUACCAAAUUACCUCAAAAAUUGUAAGCUUAUGUAGUCUAUGUGGUUAUUUCCUGUAUGUAAUUAACAUUAGUAACAUUGUUAUACUUGCAAUAACUCAACACUGAUCAAGUGUUCAAAGGGGGAUAAUUCAGAGAGUGAAAGGAAAGUGUGAUAUUGUAAAUAUAAAUGUUAUUGUACAUACUGAAUUCUUGCCUUUCUGGAGAUGAAGGAAGAAUGACAAUGAAUAUUUAUUUCCAUGUGUAAAUUUUUCCAGUUGUACAUUUGUUGAAAAAAAAACUACUAAGUGCCAAUAAUCUUUUUUUUUUUCCUGUAAAUAUGUAAAUAGCUUAUAGAAAUACUGGUGCUUCAGCUCUAUGCAACAUUCAACAGCAUUUAUCGAUCAUUGUGUGUUGUUACCUUCCUUGUAGGCUGAAGUUAUCUUUCCCUGUUUGGGGAAACGAUUACAAAAGGCCUAUCCCACUUAAGCUUUCAUUUUCCAUGAGAAAGUACAAUCUCCUAGAAACAUUAAAUGCAGCAACACAAGUUGUAAAACAUGCAGUGGAACAAAUAACUUUUAUAUAACCAAAAAAAAAAAUGUAGAAAUUUAAUCUUUGAUAUUUUUAUACUUUCCUUCUUUAAAUAAAGUUGUCCUUUGUGGGAGUACCAGUAGUGAACGUCCUGUUGUCAUAGCAACAUGCAAUAUACGUGUUUUAUGUACCUCAUACCAUGUGGGGCACUUUAACAGGUGCCCCGUUUAUUAUUAAUAUGAUCAAAAUUAAAAUAUACUAUAAAUGAUGAA